CACGUAGCAAACAAAAUAACAAAUGGCACUCUUCUCUUUUCCAUCCCCUAAUGCUGACACGUAUUAAGCCACAUAUGAACCUAUAUUAGUGCACUUUCAGUUUAUCAACUUCCCUUUUGUUUUCACCCAAAUCUGAAAAAUCACAAACACAAAAAAAAAAUAUACUCAUACAAACAAAAUGCAGGCAACAGGGGAGAUACAAGCGGCGGGAAGCCCCCGUAGAUCUCAGAAGCAUCAGAUGCUUAAAGACAAGCAGGUGAAGGAUCUAAUUGUUGAUAAAAGGAGACUUGUGGAGGUUCCAUAUACAGCCACGCUGGCAGACACCAUAAAUACUCUGAUGGCUAACAAGGUGGUGGCGGUUCCGGUGGCUGCACCGCCUGGGCACUGGAUUGGUGCCGGCGGUUCUAUGAUUUUAGAAGCUGAUAAACAGACGGGUGCUGUACGGAAACAUUAUAUAGGGAUGGUAACUAUGCUUGAUAUUCUCGCAUAUAUUGCUGGAAAUGGUUGUGGUGAUGAUGAUGAUGCUCAUCUUACGAAAAAGAUGAUGGUACCUAUUUCUUCGAUUAUUGGGCAUUGUCUUGAAAGUCUUAGUUUGUGGACCCUCAGCCCUAACACGAGCAUUGUGGAUUGUAUGGAAGUUUUCAGCAAAGGCAUACAUCGAGCCAUGGUACCAGUGAAUGGACGAUCAGAAAAUGUAGUUGGUGUUGAGCUUACUGAGUCUGCAUCAUGUUACCGAAUGCUAACACAAAUGGAUCUGCUUAGGUUUUUGAAUGACCAGCAGGAGCUUAAAGCUAUCAUGUCGCACAAGGUCUCGGAUAAACAACUGCAAGCAAUCACAGACACUGUUUUCGGUGUGACUAAUAAGGCUAAAGUUAUCGAUGUGAUCAAAUGCAUGAGAACAGCUUCGCUAAAUGCAGUACCAAUUGUGGAGUCAUCUAAUGAAAUAACAGAAGAUCAUACUCAGCUUGUAAAUGGGAAAAAGAGGAAGAUUGUAGGAACAUUUUCAGCAACGGACUUGAGAGGAUGUCCUGUAUCGAAAAUGCAGCCUCUACUGAAUCUAGAGGUCCUUGAUUUCUUGAAAAUGCUGUCUAAUACCGGGAUGAGAUCUUCAUGGAGGGAACAAGUGACAUGCCAUCCAGAAUCGUCACUCGGGGAAGUGGUGGAGAAAGUUGUUUCAGACAAUGUGCAUCGUGUUUGGGUGGUGGAUGAACAAGGCUUGCUGGAAGGACUUGUAUCCCUAACUGACAUGAUAAGAGUCAUCAGGCUCUGGUAUCUUACUGAGUUUUUGCAGUAAUGUGUAGUUGUUGUACACACACACUGUUUUGCACCCGUUUUGUUCUGGUUGCUGUUUUGGUGUAAAUGAAAUGCAAUCUGUUUAUCAAA